AGGUGUUUCAUCCACAAUCCUUUUUUUUCGUGUGAAUGGACUUUGCUAGAAACGUUAUCUCACUGCCCGAUGAGGUGGUCAUUGCCCUAAGUCGUUUUCUGGCAAAUCCUAAAAUCUGCAAGAAACAAACCCCAGGAAAGUUAUAUCCGAAGGACAACGACGAUAGCGACGAGCCAAGAUCCAUACACACUCAGUCCUCGAUGCAAAGCAAUACGCAUAAUUUUCAGAAAAGAGCCAGUUAUGGAUGCUCGACCAAUGGUCAAGCCAGCAGACAGCAGCAGCCGUCAAGAAACCAGGGAAAGCUUGCGCCAAGCUGUAGCAAGAAUAAGGAACGCAGUAACUACCACUCGCCACAAUGCCCGAUCGAUUCAUCGUUUCACCAAGAAGAGCCUUCGGUUUAUCCAUGCCAAGAUCAAACACUUCGCCAGCAAUUAAUGCAGCUGAAACACUCUCUCUUGCCACAAGCUCCAGUCAAUAGAGUUCAACAGUGUCCGCAGAGAUCUGCCAGAUCUCAAAGUGUUCCCAGGCCAAAUGCCAAUGAAACAUGUAAUAAAUUUGAAAGAUUCGAUUGCCAGAGGGGCCUACCUGCAAAUGACUUUCAGGGACAGGAUAUCACAGGCCCAACGCGCGGUUGCUGUGCAGGCCCUAAUGCGUGUGAGGGCGAUGUACCCACCCGAAAUGGUUGCAACUAUGUCCCCGAUAGAAACUCCCGAAGUAAUGCCUCUAGCAAUUGGCACAAUAGCUCUCAGGAUGGCAGUUAUUAUGACGAAUGGCAAAGGCGUCAAAUGGUGAGGCAGGGACAUCCGCAGGAUCAGCAACAGCAGCAGCAACUGCAACAGCAGCAGCAACAUCAGCGUCAAAGUCAAACCCGCCAGCAACCUCCUAAUGAAUGCACUAUGUCUUCAUGGGAGGAUGAUGAAAUCUCCGGAUUUGAACCCUAUUUGAAUAGCACUAUGAUUGGCGAAGAGAAAAACAACCGAAAUUCAACAAAAGUUGGUCAACAAAAUCCAAUACCAAGGCAAUAUUCAUCCUGCAACAACAAGACUUGCGGCUCGAAUAAUCAGUCACGAAUGUAUAAUACUUCAAAUGAAAUACCAAGGCGUCAGCAACAGUGUGAGACCCCGCAAAUGUCACGCCAAGCAGUUCAGUGUGAUUUCCAACCAAUGGAAACCAGGAGGAAAUCCCAGCUUUAUGAAUCUUCAAUAAAUGAGACGAGCUACUUUGACCUGCCGGAGGGUUUAAGCCAGCCAAAUACUAAUAAAAGUCAGUGUCGAAAUUCUCAGGCCAUGUACCAGGACCCCACACCUAUGAAUCUCAGAAAACAGUGCCAAAUGAGCCAAAGAUCACGCUCUUUAUCUCCUUUAAAUUGUUCAAAGUGCAAAGGUCAAGGCUGUGGAAAUAAUAGACACUUGAAUAUGGACGACACUGGAGGGUAUCCUGAAGAUUCCGAUUCCAGCAGAAGUCCUACUUAUAUGAACAUAUCCCGGGCAAUGUUGGCCAGAUCUAGCUUAAAUGAAACCAGUUCAGAAAAACCCAAUAGUUGUUGGGCAGAACGUUCUUCAAGAAGACAAACCAAAUCUCCUGAGGAUUAUCUUGCUGAACGCACACAAGCUGAGUUUAUGGAUGCUUUGGUCAAGGAUCGCUCAUGUCCUGGUGUUAUACAGUCCACCCUCAAUGGCAAUGAGGAUUUCAAUCAGUUUGCCUUCGACAUUGCCUUUGCGGGACCCGUUCCCUCCAAACCCUUUCCCGUGGAUCCCAUUACCAUGCUGGAGGCCAUCAAGUUGAGGAUUGACUAUGAACGGGAGGAGAUUCGAAGAAAUCAUAGACCAAUGACAACGGAGGACAUAGAGUCACAUUUUUUGAAUAAAAUCAAGAGCGAGGUCAACGAGGGAGUGGCUGCCUUCCUGAAAGCCGAAAGCCAAUAUCAAGCCAAUGGGCAACCGGACACCUUUGAGGCCCAAAUAAAUGGCUUGAAUACAAACAUGUUUGACGACAGCAUUAAGCUGAAUGUCUAUUCAGCCACCACGCAGCCCGGUCCGGAGGUAUUAGAUCUGAGCUACCGCUAAGUUACAUAGAUUAUUUAAAAAAAAAACUAAACAGGG